AGUGGUUAUCUUUUUCCUCGCGCAAAAGGCACAUCUUCGAGAGAGAAAGCGAAUCGGCACCUGUCCGAAUUAUUUGUUUGAUUUGUCUCGUUUUGGUUGUUUUGUAUUGCCUGUCGUUAUUCGGGAUUUGUUGUGUGAACGUUGUCAUUUACUUCGUCCUGGGUCGCUUACUGUGCAGUAGGCUAUAGGUGUACUAAUUCACGUAGCCUACACUUUUUAAACCUACGGCGCCUUUCAACGUUCGUUUACCGUUUAUCGUGGCAAAGGAGGAGUCUCAAAUAGUCUUAUUUUUUAAUUAUAUUUUGACAUUGGUAAAUAGCGCUCUGCGGACUGGACCAAUGAGUUGCCCAUGCCCAGCGGAUCCACGAGUUCACGCUCAAUGGCUGGACCGAUGUGCGCCAGCAGACCCCGGAAACACACACCUCUGAUGGAUAAUUUAUCUACCGUUUUCGAGCUGCUUUCGGGCCCUUUGCACUUUCUUUAUACCUUAUGUUGUGCAUAAAGCCUUGAGGUAGGACUCGGAGUUGUAGAGCCGAAAGCAGUUGAGAUAAUGCCGCUUGCCCAACUCGACCUUUGGUCUGAACCGAGUCGACCUGUUUUACCUGGGCGCAUGCUGAGAAUCCUCUCGUUCUGAAUCACAAAAGGAGCCUGCUGUCUGGACUUCUAUGUGGUUGGGAAUACAAAAGUUGAACACUGAAAACUUUAGUCUACUCAAGACGGCAAGAAGUGAAGAUGGUUACGUGUUCAACGUGUAUUUCAUUAAAUUGGCAUCCAGUGUAAUAAACAUCAUCAGUGAUGUAGUGAGUCUGUUCAUAUGUGUGUUCAUCAUUUGCGGUAAAUAUUCACAACUGCUCAAACAGGGGACUAUGAAGAUGCUACUCUUCCGUAAAUUCCGGGUUUUGAUUCUCAUGGUGUUUCUAAUCGCCUGCUCGAUGCACAUCUUGAUAGAUUUGUUACCAAAGCUGGAGAAGCGCAGCAACAUCGGCUGCUCCUGCUCGCACACGCCGAGCAAGGACCCUCAGAACUGGGCUAAACACCGAGCCAGGUCGGGAGUGGAGUCGGGCUGGCCUAACAAACACACUCUGAGAAUCCUCCAGGACUUCAGCAAUGAGCCAAACUCUAACAUCUCUUCCCAUUCUCUGGAGAAGACCCCCAAAGCAGGGGACAAAACGGAAGCCUUUAAACGGCCUGAACAUUUUCCGCAAAAUGGUGACAAGAAUAGACGGUUUAUACAGGACACUGUGGUCAACAAAAACGUACCUGUCAAGGGUUCAAGGUUGCUGUCGCUGUUUGACCACCCGUUAUUCAAGAGAGCCUUACCAUCUCUGACCGACGAGGACACCUUAUUCAACGUCAACACAGACAUCAGAUUAGACCCCAAAGCCACAGAGAAUCAGGAAUGGUAACAUAUUUUUUUAUAUUGAUAUUUAUAGACCAUCACCACAAUCUGAAAGUGAUUAUUAGCCAACUCAAAUUCAACUCAAGACAUGAACAUAAAUUAAACAAACAAUACACCAAGGAUAUGAUGUGUUAAUUACAAAUGUAAUCUUGUUACUAUACAUUAAUAAAGGUGUUAUUACACAAAGGGUUAUAGGCUACCUAACCAUAUUAUCAAAUGUCCCUCUUGCAAAUUCAAGUCACUUUGCAAAACAUGUCACCUCUUAACACAUGAAACACUAAAACAGCUGAAACACUAAAACAGCUGAAACACUAAAACAGCUGAAACACUAAAACAGCUGAAACACUAAAACAGCUGAAACACUAAAACAGCUGAAACACUAAAACAGCUGAAACACUAAAACAGCUGAAACACUAAAAAGGAGGGCGGUCUAGGGGUUACACAAAAUGCAUAAUCAUGUCAUCCUCCCCAUUGUAAUAACACUGAUCACCUCUCCCUCCUACUCCCUCCCCUCUUCCCCCCCAGGCACGCUGAGGGGAACAUGGAGGAGUACACUCCAACAGGAGGGGAGCUGGCGGCUGACUCCUACCCCAACUGGCUCCGCUUCCACAUAGGGAUUAAUCGAUAUGAGCUCUACUCCAGACACAACCCAGUCAUCGAUGCCCUCCUCAGGGACCUGGUCUCACAGAGAAUCACCAGCGUCGGUAAGUCAGAGGAGAGGAGAAGGUAGCUUCUCUAUAGCCUUGUUCCAGAUCUGUUUUUGCUUCGUUCAGCCAACUCUCAUGCCAUAGAAGUUGAGAAACUAGCCUGGUCCCAGAUCUGUAUGUGGUUUGUUUAGCCAACUCCUCUGACUAUCAUUGUCACAGAGAACUUGGCGAAGGCACAUACAGAUGGGACCGGGCUAGUUUUUUCUGUGUAUGGCUCAACAACCAUAGUCAGAGGAGUUGGCUAAAUGAAGCACAUAAACAGAUCUGGGACCAGGCUCAUUUCUCCUCUGUAUGGCUCAACAACAGUAGUCAGAGGAGUUGGCUAAACGAAGCACAUAAACAGAUCUGGAACCAGGCUCAUUUCUGCUCUGUAUGGCACAACAACAGCAGUCAGAGGAGUUGGCUAAACGGAGCAUAUAAACAGAUCUGGGACCAGGCUAGGUUCUCUCUAAAGAUCUACACACAGUGAAAUGAGAGGAUGCAGGGUGGAUGCAGCUUGGUCUGGCAGUAUGGCCAGCUACAUGUUGUGCUCCCUCCAGCCCAUGUAAUUACACAGCUAUAUGACUGCUGAGAGGCCAGGAUGUCAAUACCAAUUGAGACUACAGAAGCCAGCAGUUGGUAGGUUGGGUUUUUCUCUAUAUAGCAAGCUACAGUCACACCUACUUCACUCAUUCACAGAAGGAAUACAAUACAAAUGAUGAAUGGAUAUUAUAUACUGUAUAUUGAUAGUGUAUGACAAAUUCAAUUUUCUAGUUGAUAGGUGUCAUAUUUGGUAAUGUGAAUUUGCUUCAACCUAACCCACACUAGGACACGUAGAACAUAGAGCCUAAAGCCUUUGGGUCUGUUACAUGAGGGCAUCUUCCCUAUAGAGUGGGUAUGCAAACAGUCUAGAGACUGAAGCAUUGACAUUUUCCUUUUGAACGGUUCACCCUCUUCUCUCCUUUGCACAGCACAUGUCAACAUCUCUUUUACAUAAAACAAUAUUUUCUCAAAGCUAUAAUGAUAUUUUUGAAAGAACUAGUGGCUAUUUCUUGGGGCCAAUUUGUUUUACUGACCAAGAAAAUGACUUUGUUGAAUUUUGUCCCUUUUUGGAUGUGAGGAUUCCAGCAUCUGCUCUCUGAACAGCUGUCUCAGGAGUCCCUGUAGAAUGGCUUAUUAUGUUCUAAGUUCUAGAGCGAGAGAGAGAGAGGGAAGAAAGAAGAGAGCGAGAGAGAACAGAGAGAACAGAUAGAACAGAAAGAACAGAGAGAGAAAACAGACAGCGAUGUGAAUGCACUCUCUGUCCUUCACCUCCCAGUCUCCUUCCUGAUCAAACAAACACUGUGACAUCAUCUGUCACUCACACUGUGUACACAGUCACACACAGUCUGAACUGAAUCGGUGGGAGAGGUUGACCAUCCUCUGGAGGGGGAAAUCCAUUACGUAUUUGAUUAGAUCAUAUCUGAAGAUUUCAUUGUACUCUACAAUAUCAUCCAGGCUCCCGAGUGGCGCAGCGGUCUAAGGCACUGCAUCUCAGUGUUUGAGGCGUCACUACAGACCCCCUGGUUCAAUUCCAGGCUGUAUCACAACCGGCCGUGAUUGGGAGUCCCAUAUGGUGGCGCACAAUUGGCCCAGCGUCGUCUGGGUUUGGCCAGUGUAGGCCGUCAUUGUAAAUAAGAAUUUGUUCUUAACUGAUGAUUUCCUUGUCAUCCAGUGAGAAUGAUUCUGCCAUAUUGUGUAUUUGCUGUCAAUUAUGAUUUGAGUUGUUUGUCUUUGUGUGUUUCCAACAGCCAUGAAGUCUGGAGGCACCCAGCUGAAACUCAUCAUGACGUUCCAGAACUAUGGACAGGCUCUGUUCAAACCUAUGAAGUAA